AUGAUUGGUACAGUUAAUAUUGUAUUUGAUGCUGGCAUGGCUCAUUUAAUUUGCGGAGUCAUGAUUUUAUUGCUUAUAUUUAGCGCUCUUCCUGCUUUUGUGUUCAACAAAUUGAUGCAGAAGAGACGUAAUAACAAGGAACUCACUCUAAACCAGGACAAAGUGGACGGGUUGCAGCGAGAGCUGGAGGCUGCCCACAGGAGGAAUCACAACCUUCAUGAAAUCAUUCGAAGCAAAAUAAAAAAAGACUGUAACGGAUUGAUAACGAACGACGAAGUUGACAAAGAGGUCCGACACAUUCAGGAUCUCUUGGACUUGGCAGACGAAACCGACGUGAAGAUCCAGGAAGCCGAGAGGAAGGUUGAAACUUUCGGUUCCGAAAACCAAAAACUGCGGAAGGAAGCUCAGGACAACGAAAAAGCUUUGGAUGAAUAUCGAAAGCAAAUUGUACACCUGAAGGAAUUGAACUUGACGCUGGAAAAAGACCUUUUCGAGAAUAAACGCCACAUUCAAGAUCUUGAAAACAUCAAUGUGGCUCAAGGAAAGGAACUUAGUCAGAAGAAUCGCCAUAUUGAAUGUCUGGAAGGCAGGAAUUUGGCGAUGAAAACCGACCUUACCGAGAAGAAACGCCAAAUUCAAGGUCUGGAGGACAUGAAUGUGGCGAUGAAAACCGAACUUAGCGAAGUGAAACGCCACAUUCAAAGUCUAGAAGUCACUAACAGGGCGAAGGAGGAAACUCUCUGUGAGAAGGAGAGACAGAUUGAAGAGAUGACAAAAAACAACGCCCUGAAAGAAGAACAGUUAGAGGACUACCGCAAGUUACUCGACGAGCUGCAGAAAGAGAUUGGGAUGCUGGAGUCCAAAGCGCGAGAUUUUGAUGCACUUGAGAGUCAAAACAGGAGAAAUGAACAAAAUCUCCUUGCCUGCGAACAACAUAUUGAAAACCUCCAGAAGAAAUUGCAGGAGAGGAACGAGGAAGUGAACAAGCUUGUCCAAUGUGAGAUGGAAGUUGAAAUUUUAAGAAAGGAAUUAGAGGACAGACAAAAGGAUCUGAGCAAGCUUGUCCAAUACGAAAGGGAGGUCGAACAAUCAAGGAAGGAUGUGAACAAGCUUGUCUGUUGUGAGCAGGAACUUGAACAAUUGAGGAAGGAACUGGAGGAUAAAGAGAAAUAUAUAAACAAGCUUGUCCCAUAUGAAAUGGAAAUUGAAUGUCUCAGAAAGGAAUAUGAGGCAAAACAGGUGGCUCUGGUGGAAAUGACUGGCCUCAUAGAAAGGGACAAGAAAGUUAUCUUUGACUUGCAGCGAAAAGUUGAAGAACUUGGAGGAGAAAUAAAAGACAGAAAUAAAGAAAGAGAUGGACUCCUGACUUCAGAGGCAAUGCUAGUUCAGAAUCUUGCCAAAUCUGAACUCUUUAUAAGUGAACUGAAAACUGAAGUCGAGACGUUAAGGAGUCAAAAGGCAGAACUUGUCAACCAGCUGGAAGAAAAUAUGAGCCAUCUUAAGAGUAAGCAGAGUCAGAUACUGGAUCUCGAGCAGAAGUUACUAAAGAUGGAGGGAUAUCAGGAGGAAAAAGACAAUCUAGAAGAAGUCAUAAAAGAGAAGGAAAAGGAAAUAGAGCAUUUCAAGCGAGAAAGAGAAGACAACUUGAAAGAAGCACAAGAUCUUCGGAUACUAAUCGCUCUGAGGGAGGAAAAUCUCCAGGAAUGCCAACAGGAAAUAGAACUUCUUCUAAAGGAAUUAGAAAAGAACCAGAACGACUUAGAGGAGCUUGUCUGUUGUAACUUGAGGAAAGAAGAAGAAGAGAUUGAGAAAAUGACGGAACAGAUCCACCAAUUGGAGUUCAUGAGGUCUCAGUUCCAGGAAAUGGUGGAUGCCUACGAAAACAAGACCUCCGAGAAGGAAAAGGAGAUUACCUGCCUAUGCAAGGAAGUUCAGCAGAAAAACAACUUGCUGGAGGAAGGCAUAGCCCAGCGGGACAAUCUCAACAAGAAGCUGGAAUGCGUCGAGAUGGAAAAUAGCCAUCUGAAACAGCUGGCUGCUGAGGCUGAGGAACGACAGAUAGCUGCAGAAGGAGCGCUCAAGGAGCUUUCCAUCAAUAUUCAGAGGAUUGAGAAACUAGUUACUGAUAAACAGAGAGAAGUUGAUGAACUUCGAAGCAAAUUAGAAGAGAAAAACACUGAAGACGACAAGCUUGUUCAGUGUAAGAAGGAAGUAGAGGUUCUUAGGAACGACCUAAAGAAGAAGGACUUGGAAAUCAGAAAGGGUAAGGAAGAGGCAAAACAACAUGACAAACAAAUGGGGAGAGUGGGAGCUCGCCUACAGGAAAUGGUGGCUGCCUUCAACAAGAUCACCUAG